AUGUCAAAACCCACACUUCCUAUUAUUGAUCUGUCGCCUUUCCUUAACGACAGUAAUAAGGUAAUAGAUGUUGCCAAACAAAUUGAUGAUGCGUGUCGUAACUGGGGAUUUUUCUACAUUGUUGGGCACCCCAUCUCACGGGAGCGAAUUGCGAAACUGAGAAGUAUGGCAAAUGAGUUUUUCUCACUCCCCAUGGAAAAGAAAAUGGAAAUCGAUAUCAAACAAAGUCGACACCAUCGUGGAUAUGGGGAAUUCAAGGCGGAACAGUUAGACCCUUCAGCCCCAUUUGACUAUAAGGAGACAUUCGAUAUGGGUUGUAAUCUGCCUGAAGAUCAUCCUGAUGUUGUUGCUGGCAAACCGCUGCGUGGGCCAAAUCGCCAUACAACGCAUGUGGAGGGUUGGGCGGAGCUGCUUGAAGAACACUACCGCGAUAUGCAGAAAUUGGCACUUCUUCUACUACGAGCACUUGCCUUGGCGAUUGGUAUUAAGGAAGACUUUUUCGUCUCAUGUUUUGUGGAGCCUCUCAGUGUUUUCCGUAUGAUCCACUACCCCGCUAUGCCAGCUGAGCAGACGCAGCGUGUUGUGUGUGGUGAGCACACCGACUACGGCAUCUUGACACUUCUCUAUCAGGACUCCUGUGGUGGAUUGCAGGUUCGCGAUAUUAAGGGAGAGUGGAUUGAUGCCACCCCAGUGGAGGGAAGCUUUGUGGUGAAUAUUGGUGAUAUGAUGGCAAUGUGGAGUAAUGGCCGGUACAAGUCCACAUCUCAUCGCGUGUUGAAUCCCGGCGUGGACCGUAUCUCAAUGCCGUUCUUCUGCGAACCACACCCAGAUACACUUAUUCAAUGUCUUGAAAACUGCCAUUCCCCGGAGAACCCACCAAUGUACCCCCCUGUAAAGGCAGCGGAGUGGCUACGGAAGCGAUUCGCAGCGACAUAUGCGUAUCGCAAAAUGAUGUGA